AUGAUAGACGCCACGGAACGACCGUCGAAACGCGCCAGAGUAGACGGAGAGGAUGAAUCUGCGUCUGCUUCACCAGCGCCAGCUUCGACAGCUACCCCGGCGGACCUUCCAGAUGACGAUGACGAUGACCCGUACGGCGAACAAGCUGCGAAGACUGGCAAGGGGCAACCACGAGCAUCUGACUUGUAUCUUGACACUAUCAACCGAGCGCAACUAGACUUUGACUUCGAGAAACUGUGCUCGGUCUCGCUUUCCAACAUCAAUGUCUACGGCUGCCUUGUCUGUGGAAAAUAUUUCCAAGGUCGUGGCAAGAGCUCGUAUGCAUACUACCAUUCCAUUCACGAAGACCACCACGUCUUCAUCAACCUCGAGACGACGAAGGUAUACGUUCUACCAGAUGGCUACGCCGUCUCGGACCCGUCCUUGGAGGACAUCUCCUUCGUCCUCAACCCCUCAUUCACCAAAUCAGCCACCGCCGCCCUCUCAACACCCGCUCACCUCAGCCGCCCCUCAUACGACCUUGCCGGCCACGCCUACCUCCCUGGCUAUGUCGGCCUUAACAACAUCAAGAAGAAUGACCACAUGAACGUCAUCAUCCAUGCGCUCCUCCAUAUCCCGCCCCUGCGCGACUACCUUCUGCUCACCCGCCCGACGGGCAAGGAGACCGAACUCGUGCGCCGCUUCGCGGUGCUCGCAAAGAAGCUGUGGAACCCACGUCUGUUCAAGAGCCAGGUAUCACCGCACGAGUUCCUCCAAGAGGUGAACCGCGCGAGUACGGGGCGUUUCCGCCUCGAAAACCAGGGGGAUCCUGUUGAGUUCCUUGGGUGGUUGCUCAACCGUCUACACCAAGAUAUGGGUGGUACGAGGAAGAAGAACUCCAGUAUCAUCUUCUCCACCUUCCAAGGUGAGCUCCGGGCACAGACGCAGCAGGUCCUUGUACGGCCCGAUACCGGAACCAACGAGAAACCACGGUUCGACAUUGCCCGAGACAUCAGAACAACCGUUUCGCCGUUUUUGUUCCUCGCUGUGGAUCUGCCGCCACCGCCACUCUUUCAAGACGCCGUUGAGAAGAACAUCAUUCCUCAGGUCAACAUCCACUCUGUACUUGCAAAAUAUGAUGGUGAGACUACCCAGGAGUUGGGCGGUCAAGUAAAACGCUAUAAGUGCCAACGACUCCCGCCGUACAUCAUUAUACACUUCAAACGGUUUACCAAAAACGCGUUUGUCGAAGAAAAGAAUCCCACGAUCGUCAACUUCCCUCUGCGUGGGCUUGAUUUCCGCGACUAUCUUGAUGCGCCCUCGACCGCACCUGGUGACACCGUCUAUGAUCUAAUUGCAAAUGUGACCCACGAGUCCGUUGCUGGAACCGCACGAGACCUGGCUGCAACGACGUGGAAGGUGCAUCUCCGAGCGGCGGGCGGGGGCGGUGACACGGAAAAGUGGUUCCAGAUCCAGGACCUUAUCGUCGAGGAGACGCGCAAGGAGAUGAUUUUCUUGGGCGAAACGGUUCUUCAGAUCUGGGAACGACGGAGACAGGCACCAACGCUGGCAACUAGUAAUGGACAGGGCGCAAAGAUGGAUGUGGAUAGAUCGUGA